UAAACAGAUAUAGAGUACAGAAUAAACCAAUAUGUGCAAAUUCAAAUCUUUGCAAGGCAUAUAAUAUACAACGGCAAUUUACAUUUAAGCUUAAAUAACAACAAUUAAGUAUUUUGAAUUUGGCGGGCUGUUAUUCUUACAUUAACAUUAACAUGGAACAAAGAUGGUCACAAACAGAUGAGUAUUGACAAAAUUUUAACAAUUAUUGGAAUUUUAAAACUAAUUUAUUUCUAUUUACAGGUACUGGUGCUGUGAGGAUCAUCUUCGUCGUCUGGGGCAGUGUGUUUGACACAGUGCGCAACUGUUCAGCGCUGGAUGCGCUCGUGUGAUUGAUGCGGCAGGAAAUGUGGGCAUUGCACAACGCAGUGCAGAGUGGAUGGAGCGAUCGCCGAGGGCCUCCAGAUGACCCGGGACUCGGCCAAAUUUGUGUGGCGAUGGUUGCCAGCAGCCAUGAAGUGCAGGAAAACCAUCCCUGCGUGGAUUCGGAUGCGCCGUGUGUGCAGCGCAAACAUCUCCGAAUUGGCACUCAUGGCCUGCCAGCAGCCGUGAUGACGCUUGUCGAUUGGACACCUCUGGACGCCAGCUGCCGUGAUGAUGCUCAUGGAGGGGCAUCGGAGGAACGACUGGAGACACCGCCCGUUGUCGCAAGCGUGUUUUCACGCGCUUCAGGAAUACCGACAAAGACCAACACAGGAUCAUUGGACUAGCUGCGGCAUCCCAGUGAGCGGCGCCUUGCUGCAACAGAGUGCAGAGUGACUGCAGCGGUGUGUGCUUUGCACUGGCUGGCAUCAUCGUCGCUGUCGUCGUCGUCGUUAUCUGAGAUGAUUUGUACAUCGUCGUCACUGUCGACCACCCGUUCGAGGCGCCGUCGGACUUGCUCCAGUCCGUGGUCCAGCAGUGCCUCUUGCGGAUUGCGUUGAUGGCUGUCGUCCAGGGUGCGUGUGCUGCUGGAUGCAGCCCGUGUCUGACAGCGAUAGUGUGACGUCGGCCGGAAGCUGCUCGCCGGAAUUUGCUGAGUCUGCUGCUGAGUCUGCUGCUGCGUCUGCUGCUGUGUCUGCUGCGCAGUCACUGGAUCGGGAUCCCCCUCGUAGUCCGGCAGGAUUAUCCUUUGAUAGAGAGAGGCUUUUUUUCCAAUAUAUACCCGCUUUGGGUUGAGGGCUCUCAGUGCUCCAACAGGGGAGGAACUGAGAGGCUGGGGUGUGAGCCGCCAGCAACCAAGCGCGUUGCUUUAUUAUUUCAGUUUGUGGGCAGUAUAUGUCUUAAUUUAGUAUAUGUACAUUUUUGUUGUUUGUUUUUUUUUACAAUUUAACUUUUAAACGACACUCAAACACACUGGUACAUUUGAUGGCACAAUAAUUUACAAACAUAUAAACUGCAGCAAUGUUAAACACUUGUAAUCUCGACUAGGCCCGCAGUCAGCAGGGGAGGGCAAGGGAAAAAGAGAAAAAGAGAGAGACAAAAUAUUCGGCACUUUGACGGAGGGACUAAACCUCGAACACGACUCGACUCCACAACGUUCACGACACGACUUUUUCACUUGGAUAGAGAUCCAGACUCGAGACUCGAUUCCACGAUCGGGGCGAAAGGCUCCAAAAGUA